AUGGGUGGAAUUGGCAAGACCGCCCUUGCUCAGCUGGUAUACAAGGACCAGAGGGUAAAGGAGCAUUUUGACCUUCAGGCAUGGGUUUGUGUUUCGGAUGAGUUUGACGUGUUCAGAGUAACUAAAGCAAUUCUAGAGGGAAUAGGUUCGUCUACAAGUGUUGAUAGUAAGAAUCUAAAUCUGCUUCAAGCUGCACUAAAAGAUAAAUUGAUGGGAAAGAAAUUCUUACUUGUUUUAGAUGAUGUAUGGAAUGAGAAUUAUGCUCAUUGGCAGAUCUUAAGUAAUCCGCUUAAAUCUGGGGCAGAAGGAAGUACAAUCAUUGUAACGACACGAAAUAAUGGUGUUGCAUCAACUAUGCGCACUGUUUCAACUCAUCGCCUAAAGACGUUACUGGAAGAAGAUUGUUGGUCAGUAUUUGCGAAACAUGCAUUCCAUGAUGGCAACCCCAAUGCACGUCCAGAGCUAGAAGUAAUAGGUAGACAAAUUGUGAAAAAGUGUGCAGGUCUACCGUUGGCGGCUAAGACAAUGGGAGGUCUCUUGCGAUCUAAAGAAGGAGUAAAUGAGUGGGAGAAGAUACUGAAGAGCGAAUUAUGGGAUUUACCAAUAGAUAAGACAGACAUUCUUCCAGCUCUAAAAUUAAGUUACAAAUAUCUCCCCUCACAUUUAAAGCAAUGCUUUGCUUAUUGUUCAAUAUUUCCUAAGAAUUAUAUUUUAGAAAAAGAUGAAGUAGUCUUAUUAUGGAUGGCAGAAGGUUUCUUAAAAGAAACUAGAAACAAAAGAAUGGAAGAGGUUGGUGAAGAUUACUUCCUUGAUUUGGCAUCAAGAUCAUUGUUGGAACAGUCAAGUGGCAAUAAAUCAGGUUUUAUAAUGCAUGAUCUUGUCAAUGACUUGGCAAAAUUUGUGUCCGGACAAUUUACAUUCAGGCUGGAGGUUGACCAUCCUCAUGAAAAAAUGAAAAAGACUCGCCAUUUGUCUUAUUUCAGAAGAAAAUUUAAUAACUUUGAGAAGUUUAAGGUUCUUUACGAAGUUACUCAAUUGCACACAUUCCUGACAUUGGGGUUGUUACAAGACCACGAUCACAACUACUUAACUAAAAGAGUACCACUUGAUUUAUCGCCAAAGUUAAGAUGCUUGCGGGUGAUCUCGCUAUCUCACUAUCAAAAUAUGACUGAGUUGCCUGAAUCAAUUGGCAAAAUUAAGCUUCUACGUUACUUGAACCUUUCUUCCACCGCAAUUAAAAUGUUGCCUGAUUCCUUAUGUAAGUUGUGCAAUUUGCAAACAUUGAAUUUAUCAGGUUGUAAAGAUCUCACUCUUUUACCAAGAGAUAUGUGGAAACUCAUUAACUUGCGCCAUCUUGAUAUUAGUGAAACUGCCAUAAAGGAGAUGCCAAUGCAGCUGAGUAGACUAGAAUGUCUACAAACAUUAACUAAAUUUAUCGUCAGCAGACAUAGUGGGGCUUGCAUUAAAGAGUUGGGGAAACUUGCAAAUCUUCGAGGAACGAUUUCUAUUUUAGAGCUCCAAAACGUUGUAUCUCCUAUGGACGCUUUAAAAGCAUGCUUUAAAGAUAGGGAGUACCUUGAGGAGUUGGUGUUGGAAUGGAAUGCAUUGGAUACUAAUAUUUCAGAAUGUCAAAGAUCUGUACUUGACAAUCUUCGGCCCCCUAGUAACUUGAAAAGUCUCACUAUCAACAACUAUGGCGCCGAAAGUUUUUCAGAUUGGGUUGGACAUCUUUCGUACACUAAGAUAGUUUCCCUUCACCUAAAAAAUUGUAAACUUUGUCCCACUUUGCCACCACUUGGAGAGCUACCCUCUUUGGAGCACCUCUCUAUUGUUGGGUUUGAAGGAGUUGUUAAAGUGGCUCGUGAGUUCUAUGGCAAUAAUUCUUCAACCGUUAAACCAUUUGGAGCCCUGAAAGUUCUAAGGUUCGAGCGAAUGCUAAAUUGGGAGGAAUGGUCUUCUUUUGGUGCUGAAAAUGAAGGUAGAGCUUUUUCACAACUCGAAGAGCUUUAUAUUAUUGAUUGUCCUAAGUUAAUUGGAGGGCUACCGGUUGAUCUUCUUUCUGCAGUCAAACUUGAGAUUCAUGAAUGUCCGCUGCUGGUGGCUUCACUCUCAAAGGCCCCUGUUGUACGACAAUUACAUUUAAGAGAUUGUAAUGAGGUUCUGCUAAAGGAAUUACCAACUAAAUUGUGGGAGCUCGAAAUUGGAGGAUUUGACGCACUAGAAUCCUUUCCCACAGGAAUGGUGGCCUCCAACAACUGUCUUGAAGUGUUAAGAAUCGAGAAAUGUAUGAAGUUAGAGCUCCCAACACACUUGAACUUUUCAUCCCUUGAAAGGUUGGAGUUGGACGGUUGUGAUUCCCUCAAGUCAUUUCCAUUAGAUUUAUCCCCAAAGCUUUCUAAUAUAGCUAUAUGGCGGUGUAAGAAUAUGGAAUUUUUAACAGUUUCAGAACAACAUGGACGUGAUUUAGUGACCUCGGAUAUUCUCAUCAGCAACUGCCCUAAUUUUGUAUCUUUUCCAAAAGGAGGAAUUCGUGCCCCCCAACUUAUAUCCUUUAUUGUCCAACAUUGUGGAAGUCUGAUGUCACUGCCAGAGAAGAUGCAUACACUCCUGCCUUCUCUUACCCGUUUUUAUAUACAUACUUGUCCAAGAGUUGAGUCGUUUCCCGAAGGGGGCUUUCCUUCCAAUCUGAAAACUUUUGGCGUUAUUAAUUGUGAUAAACUCUUUGCCGGUCGGAUGGGAUGGGGUUUGCAAGAACUCCCGUCUCUUAGAGAUUUGAGUAUCGGUGGCAAAUCUGAAGACGUGGAGUCAUUUCCAGAGCCAGAGUUGCUGCCUUCUUUUCUGACUUCUCUUUCUAUGUUCUUAUUUCCAAAUAUGAAAUCCUUGGACAAGAGAGGGCUUCAACACCUCACCUCUCUUCAAGAAUUGUCGGUCGGGACCUGCCUUAAGCUGGAGUACAUGCCAAAAGAAGGGUUGCCUACCUCCCUAUCUAUAAUAAACAUCCGAAAUUGCCCUUUGUUGAGGAAACGGUGGCAAAGCAAGAAAGAAAAAGAACGGCGAAAGAUUCCUAACGUCGAACACAUAUUGAUUGAUGAUGAAGAAUAUAUUGGAUGA